CUCUGACAAGAGCGAACCGACUGAGAAGAAGAUGUACAAGCCUGUUCUUUGGCUGUAUCUACUGGCUCUUGUCCGGGUCAGCAGAUGUAAGGCAGAAGUGGAUCAAAACACAUUAGACUAUGUAUUCGGUACUCCACCGCCAUUGGCAAGCGACAGUUUACCUACCAAUGAAAUACCAUCGGUUUCUACAAACAAACAACCCCUAAGGCCAGUUAUGCUCAGACGCCGGAAAUACCCUCCCCCUAUGGUCGGAGGAUUUAAAGUUGACUAUUACACAUUCCCCUACCAGGAAUACAUAAACCUCGUAGUCAACGGUGCAGGCGUCAUAGACUUAAGGUAAAAUUCUUCACAAUGAUUGCUGUGGAACGGACACCUGCCGUAUCCAUCAUCUUGGGGCCACUAUGAUCUGCGGAAAUUCCUGUGCAAAAACUUCAUCACUCCUACUCAUGUAUAACCAAUCUUAUAUCUAAUCCACCUAUCUAUCCUUAACCUAUUCGUUUUCGUCGUUUAUCUUUUAAGACAAUAGACAAAACGAUAGAUUUCAAAAAUAUAACAUAGUUAAGUAGAUAGAUAGAAAACUGUAUGUCAAGUAUUUUUAUGUCUAAUACUUAGUAUUAAGUAAAUUUUAAUGCAUUAAAUAAAGAAAUAAGAAAAAAAAAACAAAUUUUGGAAUCGUGUAGUUUUUGCAUCUGUAUCUACUCUUUGGUGCGAGACAGGUUGGUCUGAGGUUUCAAUAAAUAAACUUUUUAGUUCUCUUUCUUUUUGGCGGAAAACGAGAA